AUGAAGUAUGCCACAAAUAGCACGGCUGCUGCAGAGAUCAAAGUUAAGGAAAUUCUCAAAGAACUUUACCACCUUAUCAACCAAGUGCAGGAAGAGCGUGCUCGUGGAGAACACAAUCUAACAAAUAUCUCAAAAACUCAUGAACGAAUGCAGCAAGAACAGAGAAUCACGCCCUAUUACAAAAAUAAACUGAAAGGUUUAUACAACACUGCCAUGCAAGAUGCAGCUGCUGAAGCAGAACCCCCUCCACUGUGUGGAGCAGUUCCAGCUGAUGCCAAUUAUGUUGGUAAACCUGGGGACAAAGUAGCUGCCCGAGUGAAAGGUCAAGAUGGUGAAGAAGAGAACUGGAUUUUGGCAGAGAUCUUCUCUUACAGCAGUACCAGUUGCAAAUAUGAAGUGGAUGAUAUUGAUGCAGAGGAGAGUAAUGAGCGACAUUCAUUGAGCAGGAGACGGAUUGUACCGUUGCCUAUCUGGAAGGCUAACCCAGAAACAGAUCCUGAUGCCUUGUUUCCAAAAGAGACGCCUCAAGAUGACUAUAUGGUAUUAUUUGAAGAUACAUCUUACCCAGAUGGCUACUCACCACCCCUUGGAGUUGCUCAGCGCUAUGUGAUAGCUUGUAAAGAGGAAAAGAGAAAGUGCACAACGUAA